AUGAAAAGACACAAACAUGGAGAUGAGAGGGAUAACUUCCAUGCUUCCGUUGUCAGUUCAAGGGUUCUUGAAGAAGAGAUUGCUCAAGAUUCUAAGUUUAUUAGUAAUAAUGGGACAUGCCUUCCAAAUCCAACCACAUCGACAGCUUCACCACAACAACCGGCGACUAUGGAGAACCUCCCACAUGAGCUUUUAUCAAAUAUAUUUAUCCGUUUAUUUGCCAAACAACUUGCUCAAAUGAGAUCUGUCUCCAAAUCAUGGAAUGCUUUUCUGUCUCAUCCCUCUUUUGUAAAAUCCCACCUCCAUCAUUCCAUCCAUAACAACGAUCAAAUUCUAUUGAUCUUCCAAGAUGAAGAAUUUUAUUCCGACACCAAACCAUUCACAGCAAUACCGAGUCGAUCUCCCCGUCUUGAGCUCACUAAUUUCAUCAAAUUCCCGGUUAAACCCCAAUCUGGACAUACAGAUGGCAUCAGGGUUAUUGGUUCUGUUAACGGCUUAAUAUGCUCUUCUUACGAUAAUCAUUCUGUGAUUCACAUUUGGAACCCUUCUCUCUCCGCCUUGUUAACUCUCCCACCAUACUCCACGCCCUGUCAUGGUUACAAUUCGUUCAAAAUCCAUUUCCGGUUUGGGUUUGAUCCCAAAACAAAUGAUUAUAAAGUUGUCAAGCUCACAGGCAUUAACGGACCAUAUGAAAAUGUGGUUACAUGGUGGCUGCAAGUUGAGAUUUAUAGUAUGAGAAAAGGUUCCUGGAAGUUGAUCACUGAAAUGUUUCCCUCUCACAUCGCAAUCCUUAUCAAUCGCGAUGAUGUUUGUGCUGAUGGCCAUCACGGGCAUCUUCAUUGGCUUGGUUGUACGGAUGGGAAGGAAGAUACAAAAACGAUAGUGGGAUUUGAUUUGGGUUCAGAGACAUUCCGUGAGAUACCUCUUCCAGAUUCUACACUAGAUCACAAUCGCUCAAAUGUAGUAGGAAUUUUGGCCGGAAAACUCUGUGUGAUGUCAUAUAUUGAGGAUGUUGCAUAUGCGGUGUGGGUGAUGGAUGAGUAUGGGGUGGCUGAAUCAUGGGUCAAACACCAUGUCUUUUCACACUUUAUUGGUUAUACCUAUCCAUUUGGAUUCACAUCACACAGAGAGUUUCUUACUGAAGGUGAUAGUUAUCUUGUCUUAUUAGAUCCAUCGACAAACGAGCAGAAAUAAUUGGAGGAUCAUUGUCCAGAAGACCAUGGUGUAGAUAAAAUCGUGGAGUAUGUCGACAGUCUUGUUUGGGUAUCACCUACUGAGCAUGAGAUGGCAGGUGGUGUUGGACAAAAUCUAAAUGGAGAGAUGUAAAAUAUGAUGCAAUUCAUGUUUCUUAAUUACGUUUAUGUAAAGUAUCUAUUUUAGUUGCAUUGCAUCUACGUUCUCUCUUGCUGUUGUGGUUCAAUUUGAUAUUCUUAGGCAGACCCUUUUUAGCUUGUUUAACAUUUGGACAUGUUGGUUCUAAUUCGGCAUAUGUCUAAGUCUAACCUUAUUGCUAUUCAAGGAGUUUUCUAGCAAGAAACUAAUUUGAUGUCUUUGAUGAGACUAAUGUAUAGCCAUCGAUCUU